GCUGCACGCAGAAACGCAGGCUGACUUGACUUGCAUUUGCAGCAUGGCCGCCAGAGGUUGCCGUAGUAUCCCUCGCGCGAACCGUCCAUGACAUCCUGAAGUUGGCCCCCGCGUAACUGGCGAUCCCUUCCCACGGCGAAGAGGGCGGUCGAAACCGCAAACCAUCCUGGGAGACACUCUACCUCGAUGGGCACGAGCACGAGCGUCCGAUCUCUUGCAGCCUUGUCGGUCGUUUCGGACCAUGACACCAUGUCAAUGGCAUCCACGACAGCCACAGAUGCGGUACCACCGUUGACGCGGGCCCCAUCGACGGGAACGUCAUCGACUUCCUCGGCGGCAAACACAGAUCAGGCCAGCAGCAUCCUUGGGGACGGAUACAUACUCGAAUCGCAAGACGGAGCGCUGACGAUCCCUUCGCGGUACCUGGCGGAUGCGGACUUGUUAUGUCCCUUCCAGAUCCUGGACUGCGAGUGCGUCUUUGCCGACAUCAUUUCAUUCAAGACGCAUGUCUUCUCGCACUUUCGUGGCCACGAGCUCCCAACGAUAGCCGACUGCUUUUUGUGCGACAACAAGUAUUCGCAGGGCCUGGAAGAUGACGCGGCAUUCGCGUGGAACACCAUGCUGUCGCAUUUGGUGCAUGAUCAUUUUCGCAAAGGCCAGAAACUAGCCACUGUGAGAACCGACUUUGCGCUCAUGAGGUGGAUGUAUUGUCGAAGAAUCAUCAACGAACACCAAUUCAAGCGCACGCAGAUGGUCCCUGUGCCAAUCCUGCUUCCCGGUGCGAACAACUGGCGGACACAAACCUUCAGUAUUCCGCGAGCACCACAGGCGCCGUCGGCAUCACCUCCAGCGGCGCUGGUGGCGCACAUGGGUCGAUCCGUGGGGUAUCAGAGCGAAUCUUAUACCGUCAAUGCAGGACGGCGAGCAGAGAGACGUCGUCUCGAUGCCACUCGGCCCAUGAUUCGAACACGACCGACGUUUGAGUCACAGCGUGGUGCUGAGAGUCCGUCCAUAGGAGGCAGGAGUUUGUCGAUUGCCAGUGCGCCAGUAUCAGUGGGAUAGGGGCUUACCGGAAUAUUGGAGGUGAAGUUGCAACUGUCCAUGGGUUGAGACAUGUUUAUGGGCGUUCAUGGGCGAUUGGGUACGUCUUAUAAUGUGUGAGCGACAUCGGAAAGCGGUGAAGGAGCUUCCGUCACGACAGCAAGGCGUGUCAGUUGGGCUUCAUGUUUCUUCUCCUUCCGAUGACUGGGGGCCAAGGGAUUGGGUAAGUGUCUUGAAAGUACAUGGGUACGCUGGUCGUUGAGACG